CAGAGGUGGAGGAAGCCGGAAGUGGAUCGGGGCCGGGUUGGUUCGGGCGUUGCGGGUUUGUGGCCUGGGAUCGCUCGGACCGUGGCAGCUGAGGAGCCCGUGACGGGACGGAGCGACGCCAUCCCUGCACUGAGGCCUGCUGACCGGCAGGCUCUGUGCGCUCGGCGGAGGUCGGCGGCGACCAGCAGCGACCGCGGAGCGACGGCGGGCGGCCCCGGGCAUGUACGCCCCCGGAGGCGCAGGGCUGCCUGGCGGGCGCCGGCGGAGGAACCCGGGAGGCAGCGCUCUGCCCAAGCAGCCGGAGCGUAGCCUGGCCUCGGCCCUGCCGGGUGCCCUGUCCAUCACCGCGCUGUGCACUGCCCUCGCCGAGCCUGCCUGGCUGCACAUCCACGGUGGCACCUGUUCCCGCCAGGAGCUGGGGGUCUCCGACGUGCUGGGCUCCGUGCACCCGGACCUGCUGAAAGAUUUCUGCAUGAAUCCCCAGACAGUCCUGCUCCUGCGGGUCAUCGCCGCCUUCUGCUUCCUGGGCAUCCUGUGUAGUCUCUCCGCCUUCCUUCUGGAUGUCUUUGGGCCCAAGCAUCCAGCCCUGAAGAUCACCCGUCGCUAUGCCUUUGCCCACAUCCUCACAGUCCUGCAGUGUGCCACCGUCAUCGGUUUUUCUUACUGGGCUUCCGAACUCAUCCUGGCCCAGCAGCAGCAACAUAAGAAGUACCACGGUUCCCAGGUUUAUGUCACCUUUGCUGUUAGCUUCUACCUGGUGGCAGGCGCGGGCGGGGCCUCAAUCCUGGCCACAGCAGCCAACCUCCUGCGCCACUACCCCACGGAGGAAGAGGAGCAGGCGCUGGAGCUGCUCUCGGAGAUGGAGGAGAACGAGCCCUACCCGGCGGAGUACGAGGUCAUCAACCAGUUCCAGCCGCCCCCGGCCUACACACCCUAGUGCCAGCCGUGGGCCCUCCUCCUUGGCAGCCCUCCCCGCUCUGCAGCGCCCUCCACACCCAGAGGUGCUCCUUUCCCCAGCGGGCCUCACCGGGAGGCUCCGGACCAUCUUCACCAACCUUCCCCGGGAGAGACUCUGCCUUUAGCGUUGUUCAUGGAUCCCCACUCUCAAAACCUGGGGUUCACUGGUUUUAGAUAAUGGCACUGUUUCCCUUCUUUCCACCCCCCUCUCGUUCCGCGGUCACUCGUCAUUACCGACCAGGGAUGGUCGUACACGUUUUCCCCCUUCGUGGGUCCUAUCUCUGAGACUGAGACUUUCCUUGGGGAGCUGUUGACAGUGGACGGUCCCCGCUAGAAGAGGCGUCCACGGGGCCCGAGGGAAAGGGGACCGUGGCCUGCGGGCUUCCUCACAGCUGUCCACGUGUGCCCCGCAGCGUAGCUCUGGGCUGAGCCCUGCCCCUGCCCCUUCUGGGAAUGCCCGGUAGCGGGCUGCCCGCUCUGUGGAAUUCUCUGCACUUUAGUCUUUGGACUGCCUGUCACGUGUGUUCUGGUUCUGCAGGGAGAAGGGGUGGCUGCUGGGAAGCAGAGCACGUGCUCUCCCUGACCCGUCCCUGCCUGGUGGCCGGCGCCCCGGCGUGAGCCUGAGGCCCCCCGGAAAGGAUCAGUGUGAAGGGGGCCAAAUCUCCCCAGCCCUGUCACCUUUUAAAAUGUGAGUGGUUUUAAAAGGGAAAAACAAAACUGAGCAACAACGCCAAUGCUCUCUUUUUAAACUAGCGACAAGACUGUCGUCGUCGUCCUUCAGCUGUUUAUCCCGUCCCUUCUGACCCUGCAAUGUUUGGGGCCCGCAGACCCUCCCAGCCCCCGGUAGUUCCUCCCCGAACCCCUCCUGGCAGAAUGCAGCCCUCCUCCCUUGCUCCCUUCUCCCAGUGACCAUGGCUCCCUGCGGCCUCCCUGUGGAACCCAGAGCCACAUCGGCCUGGCUGGCUGGCCAGCGUGGUGCUCCUCAGGACCGCGGCACUGAGACGUAACCUGGCCUCCGUGCAGGAACAGGGGCCGCAGCAGGGCGGGGAGCCCGCCGCUCUCCACGUAGGAACUGCAACCGGGGGGGGGGGCCCUGCUGCAUGAGGUGUCAGAACCCCCCUGUCAGGCGAGCGGCCCUGGCUGUGCCCUUCAGGCUCAGUGUGUCCCCUAGACUGUGACCUGGGGCAGCAGCUUGCUGCGUGCCCCUCUCCCCUUCUUGAAUGUACUCUGGUCUUACAGUGUGCUACCGGCUCUUUCUUUCCCGGCCAUCACUCUGGCUGUUCUGUUGGCCACACGUGGCUCUGGAUCGGCCGAAUUUUCUGCCCUGAGAUAUGGGGCAUAAAGUGGGAGAAACCGGAGAGACCUAUGGUGUGGAUGCAAAUGGCCAGGCUUCUUUGGAACCAGUGUCCAGUGUUAAGCCAACAAGCAGACGGAUCCCCGUGCCCUGCACAGGCGAUAGACAGAGUGAGACUGGAGAACGGGCACCAUUGUUGACCCGUGGCUAGACAGGGGCUAUCACUUCCCUUGUCCUUCUUUGGCCAGACUGCCUGAGGACGUCUGGACAGACGCCUGUGUCGGUGGUGAAGGCCAUGUCUGCGCCUGAGUGAGCGGCCACGUGGGGUUCACUGCGGUGCCAAAGUGUCCCAUGGUGCCUCUCACACUCUUCUAGACUCUUCUCUUAGGCAAGAAAGACUGCUGUGUGAUACCUGAGCACAAAGCCGAGGAGCUAAAUUAAGUCUUGACUUGCUGUAGAGUCUGAGGUUGGCAGAUUUCCAGGGUGCAGCCAGCUCUCUCUGACCCUGGGGCUCUGAGCAGGCAGACCAGGAGACCGGGCACCGAACACGCAUGCCAAAGUGACCGGUCAUCUCAUGAGGACCCAGACAUGACCCUGUGGACCGUUCUACGUGGUUCGGAACCCACUUUUUAUUAGCUACCCACACCUCUGGGCUUUCUUUCUCUUUUCCCCUGCCCUCCUGACACUGAUAGUUUGUCAUAUAAACUCCCUUGGUUGUGUUCCUUUUUUUUUCUAGAAAAAAAAAUUAAAAGCAAAACAAAACAAAAAAAACCAGAAACUACAAAUAAGAAUGUAAAUGCCAAUGGCUCCCUGUCCUUCUUCUGUCGCAGCUUCCCUGAGUUGGUUCGUUCCCUUCCUCUCAGAGAGGCAGGAGAAAUUGAGGAAGUGUGGACGUAAUUUUUAAAAAGUUAGAAGGGACUCGAGCGUGGCUGCUCCAUGCAAGGCAUUUGCACCUAGAUGGUCCUCCUAAUCCUGACAACUUCCGCACCGAGGUCCCGAGGCUGGGAGCCAUAGAUGCCUCCGCCCAGGUCCUUGACUUCAGGCCCUGAGCUCUUCCCUCUGCAUCCCGUGAGCUGCAGGAGAGAGCGUGGCUUCUGAACCUCCAGCCCUUGUGUGGAGAGAAAUAGACUCCUGCAGGGCCAGGACUUGCAGAAGAAGCUGCACUUCCUCUUGAAGCCACGGGGAAUGAUCACUGACUCCCAGGGAGAGGUGUGUGAGUGCAAACGGCUCCAGGAGCGUAACCAACCAACCAACGUCAGCGCCUCCAGCGGUUACCCACGUUCCCUUCAUCCGUUCACACCUUCAGCCGACACGCUGGGCCCCAGUGUGCAUCACAGUGAAAGAGCUCAGGGCCCCCUUGGAGGAGCAGCCCACUUGGGCCUUCUUUUUUUAUUCCCAGGAAGAGGAUGUGUCUUUCUCGGGAGCUGGGAGUGGGUUCGCUCUCUCAUUUCAUUUCAUUUCAGACAUUUACGAAAGGCGCCUUGUGUACAAAGCACCGUUUAGGCGCCGUGAGAGAAAUGUGAUGACCUUCAGGGGCGCUGUCUCCAAAGAUUUCACAUUCUUAGUCCGGGAGAUGGACUCGACCACGGAAAGGUAGAGCGAAGUAAGUGGUCUACUGGACAGCUGGGAAAAGUGCUGCGCCCAGAGGGGAGGCUGGUUCCUACCUCGGGGAUUACGAGAGGCUUCCUGGACAAGGCAGCUGAGUGUAAGAGGGUGUUUGGAAGCCGGGUGGGGCGAAUUCCUGCUGAGGGAAAGCAAGCGCAGAAGCACACCUGGCGGCCGGGACGUGGCAAGAGAAGAGGCGAGAAAGGCAAGGGGACCCCCGUUUAAGGAACUAAAAGCAGUGGAAAGCCCUGGAGGGAUUUUGAGAAGAGAAAGGAGGGUUUAUUUGAACGACUGGUGACUGUGAAGGAGGGUCAGCCUGGUGUCCAGUGGAAGAGUCUGAGGGUGUGCGGAGUGGGGGACGGGUGGGAAGUGGGGUGGAGGCCCGGACCCCGAAGAGCAGGCCCAGUUGGCCCCUAGGGCCUGGAGUCUCAGCCAGGUGACCGAGUAGAGAACCCAGGAGCCCCAGUUCCUGCUGACCCAUCACGCGACGGGAGGCGGAGCCAGAGGCGCAGGCCUAGUGGGCCGCACGCAUGAGAAGACUCGGGACGUGAAGGGCGGCAGGGGGAGAGCCUUGGGGUACCGAGGAAGAGGUGGCUGUGUCUUGGGGGAGAGCAGUUUUCUCAAGAUCACUAGAGAAUCUUUUCAGCUGACAUCUCACCCACAGCUGUCCACGCUCUCAGCCACUAAAUUAAUGGGUCACAAAGCUCUGUCCCCACAAAGGACCUUCCGAUCCAGCUGUCAGGAAGGCAGAAACCUGACAAAAGGCAGUUGACGCCCCUUGAGACUGUAGGCUCAGCCUUGAGACAGGAAGGCUUCAUGGAGAUGGAGACACUUAAUACGGGCCUUGAAGAAUGGCUUUCCUGAGGGAACGAUGUUGUCGGUGGAAAGGGACGGGCUUUAGGGAACACCGAGCUGGUGUUUUGAGCAGUGAUGACACCCACUGGAGGGGGGUGAUUAGGUGGAUGGACCCAGCCUAUGUGGGUCUGGAAUGUCAAAGUUAUUGUCAGAACACGAUUGCAAGAUACGGAACUCUUAACACAGAACUAUCUUAAUUAAAUGGAAUUUACUGGUUCCCAUAACUGAAAAGGUGACUUGGCUGGAUCUUGGGACUCAAACAAUGAUGUGAAGGCGUGAUUUCUCUCCAUCUCUCUGCUCUGCUCCUUGACUCAGGCGGUCUGUCUCCAGAGGUGGUGAAGACGGCCCCCGGCAGCCCCAGGCUGACACUAACCUCUUGUUUAAGGACCAGGAUGAGUCUCUUUUGCCUGGCUGAGAUCAUGUCCCUUUCCCUAAACUAUGGCCAAGGACUUGGGGCUUCAUCCUGUCGCCGGGGAUGUGGAUGGUUACACCUGGGGUCUUGGAUUCAGAGACGGCGCCACCAGUGUUGGUUGGGAUAUGUGAGCACGAGGGCACGGCCUACACCAGUCAGAGAUCCUUGCUGGCAUGAGCCUACGAGAUGGAGAUGGGAUGCCUGUAAUCUCCCCCUCAGCCCUCCUCACUGUGACUAUAGGACACGUGGCCACCAACCAGCUCUGCUCUCUUGCAGAAGCUCCAUGUGUCCUAUAUUUCUUGGAACAGGACUGGGCCUUGCAAUCAGGCUUGCCCACCUUCAGACAGGCAAACUGGGCCUUGAUUACCCUGGCCCUGUCCUCAGGAAUUGUGUCUUUUCCUUCUCUCUUACACUUGCCCCUUUCUUCCAGCUCCAUUCCCGGGCCCACCCAGCUUCUGACUUUCCUGUCUGUUCUUUUCUACUUUGAGCUCAGUGCUUCUCUUGAGUAGUGCUUGGCACCCCUGAAGACACUGCCUGCAGGCAUCCUGGCUGUUUGGGGGAACAACCCACCUAAACCCAGUCCCACCCCCACGUCUCCAUCUGGAAGUCAGCCCAGCGGGAUGGGGAGGGAGCAGGCCCCAGCGCACGAGCAUUAGGGCACGUUUUUGCAUUAAUUCCUCAGAACUCCUGAAAUUUCUUCUGAUCUUGGAGUGAUGCCUUCUUCACCACAUGUUCAGUAGCUAACAUACGUCUCUAUGGUGGGUUUCCUUCCCCCAACCUUGGACCUACGUACUUCAGAAAAAUGUUGAGAAUUUGGAGAGAGUCCAGGUAAGCAUUCUACGUGGAUGAAAGGUUGGGAGAAAAGUAAACAGCUCUAGAGAAAAGGAUGGAAUGGCAAUCUGAAACGUGUGAGGAGAUAGUUACCAACAAGGUGUGACCUUUAAAAGGCACUGCUCUCUGGGACUCAGUUUCCUCAUCUGUAAAUGAGGGGCUGACCUGGACGACUAAAUUUAAAGUUCCUGCCAUGCCUAAUCUCCAGCUACCUGAGAGGGGGAUCCCACCCUCCAGAUCCACUCUGAGGGAUCAAGAAGGAAUGACUUUGAAUUUAUUUUAAGCAUUUAAAAAAAAUAUAUAUUUAUUUAUUUGGCUGCAUCGGGUCUUAGUCGCUCCACGCAGGAUCUUUCAUUGCGGCACACGGGCUCAGCAGUUGAGGUGCAUGGGCUCUCUAGUUGUGGCGCGUGGGCUUAGUUGCCCUGUGGCACGUGGGAUCUUAGUUCCCCUGACCAGGGAGCGAAUCCACAUGCCCUGUGUUGGAAGGCGGAUUCUUAACCACUGGACCACCAGGGAAGUCCCUAUUUUAAGCAUUUAAAAAACAACUUUGUUUUGAAAAAAAUUUGUACUUGCUAAAAAGUUGCAAGAAUGGGACAAUGAAUUCCCAUAUACCUUUCAGCUAGAUUUACCAACUGUUAACAUUUUGUCACAUUUAUUUUUAUUAAGAUAUAAUUCACCUACCAUGAAAUGCACCCUUGUGAAGUAUAAUUCAGUGGUUUUUAAUAUAUUCACAGGGUUGGGCAGCCAUCACCACUAAUUCCAGAACAUUUUUAUCCCCCUCCAAAGAAACCUGUGCCCCUCAGCCCCAUUCCUGUCCCUGCCCCAGCCCCUUACAGCCACUAAUCUACCUUCUGUUUCAAUUGAUUUGCCGAUUCUGGGCAUUUCCUUUAAAUGGACUAUGUGGCAUUUUGUAUCUGGCUUCUAUCACUUAGCAAAAUGUUUUCAAGGCUCAUCCAUGUUGUAAUAUGUAUCAGUCCUCCAUUGAUUUUUAUGGCUAAAAUUCCACAAUAGGUAUAUACUACAUUUUGUUUAUCCGUUCAUCAGGUGAUGAUGUUGUUUCUGCUUUUUGGCUAUUGUGAAUAAUGCUGCCAUGAACAUUUCUUUUUUUUUUUUUGCUCUACCACAUGGCAUGCGGGAUCUUAGUUCCCAACCAGGGAUCGAACCCGUGCCCCAGCAGUGGAAGCGCGGAGUCUUAACCACUGGACUGCCAGCGAAGUCCCAGCCAUGAACAUUUCUGUCUUUGUGUGAACAUAUGUUUUCAGUCCUCCUGGGUGUAUGUCUAAGAGAGGAAUUGCUGGGUCAUGGUGACUCUAAUUUUAUGUUCCUAUCAGCAAUGUACGAGGUUUCCAAUUUCUCCAUAUUCUCGCCAACACUUGUUUUCCUUCUUUAUGUUGAAACUUCUUUUCUGAUCUUACCUAAGUUGAAAAAUGACUAAAAACACAAAUUGGUCAUGCAAGAAAGGAAUUUACUGGCUUAGGACCAGAAAAGUCAAGUAAUGCAGUGAAUUCAGGAGCUCCACAGGUACCCCCUGACCACUUUUCACUCUUUCAGCUCCACUCUUGCAAGCUGGCUCCGUUUCCCAGCCAGGCUUUUCCCUAGUGGUGAUACAGGGGCUACUUAGCUUCAGGCUUUCCUCA